AUGAAAUUAUCCAUCUUAAGUCUUGCCAGUAUUGUAUUAGCUGCCCCAGCAAAUGUUUUAGUAGUUACCAAAGUUAACCUUGUUACUGUUUUAGCUGGUGCUAAUGGUGAGUUAACAACUUUAUUUGGUGAUAUUUUACCAACUGAAGUUCCAACUUUUGAUGGUGAAGAUGAACCUGAAGUUACUGAAGCUGCUCCAACUACUGAAGUUACUCCAACCACCGAAGCCACUACUGAAGCCACUACUGAAGCCACUACUGAAGCCACUACUGAAGCCACUACUGAAGCCACUACUGAAGCCACCACUCCAGCUACUACAACCACCAUUGCUACUACUUCAACUACUCCUGCUACCACUUCAACUACUCCAACUACAACUACCCCAACCUCAACUGCCACGUCCGCCCCAACUUCAGGAAAUUUUGCUGGUGAAGGUACCUAUUUUGAUGUCGGAUUGGGUGCUUGUGGUAUCACCAACACCAAUUCUGAUUACAUAGUAGCCAUUUCCCAUGAAUUAUAUGAUGAAACCGAUACUGGUAAUCCAAACAAUAACCCAGUUUGUGGUAAAAAGAUAAAAGCCACCUUUGAAGGUAAAUCAGUCGAAGUUACUGUUGCUGAUAGAUGUGAAGGUUGUGCUAAAUAUGAUUUAGAUUUCUCUCCUACUGCUUUUGAACAAAUCGCUGACAAGGCUUUAGGUAGAAUUGAUAUCACCUGGGAUUGGGUCGAAUAA